AGCGAUGGGCGCCCCCUGAGGCCUAAACCUGCCCCCGGGCCGGCGCGCGGCGAGCGGGAGAAGUGGGCUCCGCAGCCUGUGAUGGGAUGGGAGAAGAAGAGAACCCGUAUGUGUUGCAACUUAAGGAUGUCUACAACAGCUGUGACACCACUGGAACUGGCUACCUGGACCAACUGGAACUGACUCAACUCUGCCAUAAACUGCAUCUGGACAAGCAGCUGCCCAUCCUUCUGCAAACACUUUUUGGAAGUGACCACUUUGCCAGGGUGAACUUUGAGGAAUUUAAGGAAGGUUUUGUGGCAGUAUUGUCUUCAAAUCCUGGUGAUGACCCCUCUGAUGAUUCAGAAAGUAAUUCUUUGGAAGCAGCUGUCCUACCAAAAUAUGUGAGUGGUCCUAAGUGGUAUGGUCGUCGGACCCGGCCUGAGUUGUGCACACUGGAGACUGAAGUCAGGCGUGCAGCAGAGAAGCAAGGACAGAGCAGCCUGAGCAGCCAGCUCCACCGAGCAGCAUCUCUGCAAAGUGUGGAGAGUCUCAAGUCAGAUGAAGAACCUGAUGGUGCCAAUGAGCCUCAGAAUGAGUUAUUUGAAGCACAAGGUCAACUUCAAGUCUGGAGCCCUCUGGAGCUCAGCAGCCCCUCCUUUCGUACCCCUGAGAUCCAAGCCCAGAUAAUCUGGGAAGAGCUUGGCGUUGGCAGCAGUGGUUUCCUCAGUAUGCAAGAGCUGACUCUGGUCUGUCAAACCAUUGGGCUACAAGACCUUGAGAAAGAGGCUACAGAGGAGAGCAGCUGCCGCACGACCACUUCAUCCCUCGUGUCCAUCUGCUCAGACCUGCACCUCUUCUCCAGCAUCGAUGAUGGCACUGGGUUUGCAUACCCUGAGCAGGUGGUGGCUAUGUGGGCCCAGGAGGGGAUUCAAAAUGGCAAGGAGAUUUUGCAGAGCCUCGAAUUCAGUGUGGAUGAGAAGUUGAACCUUCUGGAUCUGGCCUGGGCUAUCGACAACAAGCUCAUGAUGGUCACUGGUGUCAUUCAGCAAGCAGCCCUGGCCUCCUACCACCAGGAGCUGAGCUACCUCCAAGGGCAAAUGAAGCAAAUGGUGAAGGAGCGAGACAAGGCAAGACAGGACCUGGAGAAGGCUGAGAAGAGGAACCUGGAGUUUGUGACAGAGAUGGAUGACUGCCACUCUGCCAUGGAACAGCUCACUGAACGCAGGAUCAAACACCUGGAGCAGGGAUACUGUGGACAAUUGGCCCUGCUUCGCUCAGAGAUGGAGAUGGAACAAGAGCUGCUCUGGCAGCAGACCAGCAUGCAGAGGGCUAGGCUGGAGGAGGACCUCGAAGCCCUGCGCAGGGAGGAAGCCUGGUUGCAAGAGAGGCUAUCAUUGGUGCUAAAGGAAAACAGUCGAUUGCAGAAGGAGAUCUUUGAAGUUGUGGAAAAGUACUCAGAUUCAGAGAAGCUGGUGCUGAAACUGCAGAAUGACCUUGAGUUUGUGCUAAAGGACAAGCUGGAACCAGACGGCAUUGCACUCUUCUCUCAAGAACAGUUCAUGGAGAUCCUGAAGGAGUAUGAAUUCAAGUGCAGGGACCUGCAGGACCGCAAUGAUGAGUUGCAGGCUGCGCUGGAGGGCCUACAGACAUGGAUGCACAAGACACAGAGUAGCCCAUCUAGUUUCCGGCCAGAUGGAUGCCUGCCCCCAACAGAUGGCUCCGAAGGCUUUUUUACAUGCGUUAGAGCUCCUACUCCAGUGAACCUAGAAACAGAAAUCAUGAUGGAGCAGGUGAAAGAACAUUACCAAGACCUCAAGAACCAGCUGGAGACAAAGGUAAACUACUACAAACAGGAAAUCGAACUAAUGAAGAAAAGCUUUGAGAAGGAGAAAAGGGAAAUGGAGCAUAUGUUCAAAAGUGAAGUCAGCAUGCUAGAGAGCCAGAGAGCAGCCCUGGAGGCACACCAUGCGCAAUCUCAGGAUGCCCUUUGCAGCCUGCAGGGCCAGCUGCGGGAGAUGAGGAGUGCGGGCCCACAUUGCACCAACGAGUUUGCCACCCUAGCUCAGUGGCCAGAAGAGAAGCUACGCCUGAGACACCAGCACGGACUACAACAAAUAAGACUGAGUCAAAAAUAUAAGGAUCAGUUGUCUCAGCUCAACCAUAGGAUCCUUCAACUGGGUGAGGAGGCCUUUGCCCACAAGACUCAAAAUGAGAAAAGUCAAGUACCCAUUCAUUUGCUGACACUGAAGAUGGAUCAGACUGGUCCCCAGGUGAAAGAGCAGGAAAUACAUGAGAAACAACUUAAUGCCACAGAAAAGCAAGUGGAUAAAGUGGAAAUUAUCUUAAAGAAUGUCGAAAUGCUUCUACAAGAAAAAGUAGAUGAGCUGAAGGACCAGUUUGAAAACAGUAUGAAGUCCAGUUUGCUGCUCAAGGAGCUUUAUGUGGAGAACGCACACCUGAUGAAAGCCCUCCAGGUUACUGAAGAGAAACAAAGAGGAGCUGAGAAAAACAACCUCAUCUUGGAAGAAAAACUCAGAGCUCUCAACAAAUUAAUCAGUCAGAUUUCUCUGGCAUCUCUCCGUGUGUAAAGACUGCUUGCUUUCUUGGAAUUCAUUCUGAAAAGACAAUCUUUAAAACCUGAGCCACUGUGAUGCCUUAAUCACCUGCAGCUUAUUGGCCGUGGAUUCUCGGCAACAUGGCGACUGGGGUUCCUGGCUCAUUCCAGCAGCAUCUAGUCUAUGCCAGAUUCUGGGAAAAUACACGUGUUGGACAAGAGCACAUUUUAAUAAAAUUCCCAGUUUUACCACUGGGGAAACAUUAUGGAAACAGUCCAGACUGACAGAGAAAAUGGGUUAAAAUAAUGUAAUUCCAAUACUGCCUUUUUGACUCUAGCUCUCAUUGCCGUCAAGUCGAUUACAAUUCAUAGUGACUUUGGCUUCAAAGAUUAAAAUAUAAAAGUAGGGUUCUAUACAGCGUUACCAUAUUUUUCCCUUUAAGUUUCGUUUAUUUUUUUAAGCAUACACAACAAAAUGUACAUCACUUCAGCAGUUGUGAUGUAUACAAUUUGCUGAUAUUGAUUACAUUCCUCCAGUUUGUAGCCAUUUUCAGCAUUUUUGAGUUGCUGCUUCUCUGUUAGCAUAAAUUCACUACCCUUUAGAGUUCCAGAGGAAUCCAGGUGGCAUUGUGAUUACAACGUUGGCUACUAACCACAAAAUCAGCAGUUUAAAUCCAACAGCCUGGGGAGACAGACUUGGUUGUCUUUUCCCAUAAAGAGUUGCAGCCUCAGAAACCCACAGGGACAGUGCUACUCGGUCCUGUAAUGUCAUUGUGAAUCAGAAUUGAUUUGAUGGCAGUGCGGUUGGCUUUGUUUCUUGUUUAAAGUUCCAGUCAAAUACUUAAAAGUUGUUGUCAAUUUUAUUCACUUGGAUAGUUGUUAAAAGAUCACAAAGCUUAAGGCAGACUUUUUUUUUACUAGUUGAAGCCAAACUAUUAUUUGGUUUCAAGAAGACAUUAUGGUGUAUUUUUGGUUUAAGGUUUAAAGAAAACCUCAAAGCAAUAGUUUUAGGAGAUCAGCCACCCUCCGUGGCUCCAGAAAGUUGGGAAUUAAGGAGAAUUUUCUAUUAUUUUCUGCAUUUUUGCCCCAUUUCUGAACUCUUUGAUCAAAAUGCUCAGCAGUGGUAGCCAGGCACCAGGCAGUUCAUUUGGACUUAUGGCAAAGGGGGCCAUUGUUCAUGGAGUCAGUUAAUUAGCCACGCAUUCCAAAAUCCUACUCUAUUUGAUUCUGUUGUUCCACAUGAUUCGACACCAACUGUGCCUUACAAAUGAGUGAGGAGGUAGAACAGAAGCACCAAACAUGUUAGUAAGCCAAAUAAUGGAUAUGUCCCAUGAAACCAUUACCCUGAACCUAACAGCUUUGCUGUCUUGUUAUGCAGCUCUGUCCGCUAUUACACUUCCCAAUGGUUGCUGAAUGCAAACUUUCCAGAAAGUCUUCACUCUGUAAGCGGAUUGUCAUCUAGACAAUAAAGGACAGGACUCUUGUUCUUUAGGAACCACUUUACCACAUGUAAAUAUUUGCACAGUUGGGAAUAAUGUAUUCAUUGUACAUUAAUCUGUUUUUCAUUGGAAUGUUUUUGCACUGGGAAUUGAACUAUAUGUUAAAAAAGGUAAAAAUAUAGUUUUAUACCAAAAUUGAUGGUCAUUUGUUUAUCUGAAUAUACUACUGUAAUGUGAAAUGAGUCACUGUAUUUGUAGUUUUUCAAUGAAAAAAUAUCUAUAUUUCAA